UACCUUGAGCAAAAUAACAAGGCGCCAAAUUUAUUCCCGUAGAUUUUUGCUACACAUGGGUUAGAUUAAUCUUCUGCGGAUCUCAGCAUUUAGUAAACAGAGUCGGAACACGGCUGUUCGGCAUCAUGGCGGUCCCGUUCGUGCAGGACUGGGACCUGGUUCAGACUCUGGGAGAAGGAGCCUACGGAGAGGUGAGGCUGCUGGUGAACAGACAGACCGAAGAGGCCGUCGCGGUGAAGGUCAUCGAUACGUCUCAGUCUAAAGAGUGUGCCGACAACGUCAAGAAGGAGGUGUGCGUCCAUAAGAUACUCAACCACCCCAACAUUGUGAGGUUUUUUGGUCACCGGAAGGAGGGGCAGAGUGUUUAUCUUUUCCUGGAGUACUGCACCGGAGGAGAGCUCUUUGACCGUAUCGAGCCUGAUGUGGGGAUGCCAGAGCCGGAUGCUCACAGGUUUUUUCAGCAGCUGAUAGCAGCUGUGGAGUACCUCCACAGCCUUGGCAUCACCCACAGAGACAUAAAGCCUGAGAAUAUUUUGCUGGAUGAUAAAGACAACCUGAAGCUGACAGAUUUUGGCCUGGCCACCAUGUUUCGGUUUAAAGGGCGAGAGCGCCUUCUGAACCGUCUCUGCGGGACUCUUCCCUACGUCGCUCCUGAGCUUCUCAGCCAAUCAGAGUACAGAGCUCAGCCUGCAGACAUCUGGGCCUGUGGCAUCGUCCUGACCGCCAUGUUGGCUGGAGAGCUGCCCUGGGAUCAGCCGACCGACAGCUGUCAGGAGUUCUCAGACUGGCUUCAGAAGAAAACGUACCUACCUCCCUGGAAGAAGAUACAACCUCUGCCUCUUAGUUUGUUAUCCAAAAUAUUACACCCUGAUCCAGAUGCACGGAUCUCAGUUCCUGACAUCAAGAAAGAGCGCUGGUUUACUCAAGGUUCUCAGAGAUCAGGAGGGAACAAAGUUCUUCGAGCUGAAGUAGAUCUUAAAUCUCGGGCGAACAGCGACGACAGGAUGCAGUUUUCCAGCUCGCAGCCGGACUUGGCGGCAGGCGGUUGGGAGGCCAUGUUGUUAAUCGGCCCCGCUGACGGACAGGUCAGCCUCUCCCAGCCGACCAAACCUGAGCACAUGUUGCUGGGGACUCAGAUGGUCAGCACGCCGGGGGCCAGUCAGUCUCCCUGGCAGAAACUGGUGAGAAGAAUGACCCGAUUCUUCACCAGCGUGAACGCCGAUGCCUCCUUAUCUGCCCUGAAGGAAGUCUGCGACGGCAUGGCAAUCGCCUUUAAACUCACCUGCACCAAACAGGUGACCGUGAGCACGCUGGACAAACGCAACAGCAAACUCAUCUUUAAGGUCCACUUACUGGAGAUGAAUCAGAGAGUUCUGCUGGAUUUCAGGCUGUCCAAGGGCGACGGUCUGGAGUUCAAGCGUCUCUUUGUGAAGAUAAAACAGAAACUGGGCGACGUCGUCAGCACUCAGAAGGUUUUACUCUUCACCGUGUGA